GAGAGAGAGAGAGAGAGGGGGAGGACAGGAGAGAAAGGAAAAUAAGAGAAAAGACAACAAACACACACACACACAAACCCAACCCAAAGGCCACCGCCAUCAUCAUCACCAUUUUAACAUCACCACUUUCGUUUUACUUGCAUACACAUUUCCUUUCUCUCUAUUAUCGCAUAACACCACUAUCUACCGAAACCUCCACCUUAUAUUUUUCUCGUCUCAACAAAAGUUCCAGCUUCUGCUAAAUAUGUGCGUGCGUUUUCACUGACAAACAAAAAGAAGAUCCCAACGCGAUCGAUCGGCUUCUGUUGACUCGUGUCCGGUGAAUCGACUGGAAGUGAUUUGCAUGGGGUGAUGAUGCCAGAGUUAAGAAGCGGAGCCCGAAGAUCAAAGCGUGUUGAUGAUCUUUACCCUACCCCACAACCAAUCGAUCAAGGAGACAAUUGGUUACAGCCUGCUCAAAACAGAACCAGAAGGAGAGUUGGUGGUGGAAGAGGGAGAGGUGGUGGUAAUGCCACAGCUCUAGCAAAAGGGCCUUCACAGGCAGUACCAACCAGGCCAACUGCAGCAGGUAGAGGCCGCGGCAUUAGAUUGAUAGAUUUAGAUCCCGAACCCUGUGAGGUUCUUCCUGAAGCUGUUGCAGGAGCCGCAGAACCCCUCUAUAAUCAAGUGGAGGUAGUGGCAGAUAUAGGUAUUGGAAUGGAGGGUGGGAGCGCUGACAAAGUAAAUGGGGUUGAAGAGGAAGCAAGCGCAACUCCUGUUCCUGAGAGGGUAAAAGUAGGUAAUUCCCCUGUAUAUAAGAUAGAAAAGAAGCUGGGUAAGGGUGGCUUUGGCCAAGUCUAUGUUGGUCGAAGGGUAAGUGGUGGAACUGAUGCUGAUGCAAUUGAGGUCGCAUUGAAGUUUGAGCACCGAAAUAGUAAAGGUUGCAAUUAUGGCCCUCCUUAUGAAUGGCAGGUGUAUAAUACUCUAAAUGGAUGUUAUGGAAUUCCUUGGGUCCAUUACAAGGGUCGCCAAGGAGAGUUUUACAUUCUGGUCAUGGACAUACUUGGGCCUAGUCUCUGGGAUGUUUGGAAUUCUCUUGGCCAAUCGAUGUCACCAAAUAUGGUUGCUUGCAUCGCUGUGGAGGCAAUAUCUAUUCUUGAGAAGCUUCACUUGAAGGGGUUUGUGCAUGGAGAUGUGAAGCCAGAGAACUUCUUACUUGGUCAACCUGGAACGCAUGAUGAGAAGAAGCUGUUUCUUAUAGAUCUUGGUUUGGCAUCCAGAUGGAAAGAUGCAUCAUCUGGUCAACACGUUGAAUAUGAUCAGAGGCCUGACAUAUUCAGGGGAACUAUAAGGUAUGCAAGUGUACAUGCCCAUUUAGGUCGGACGGGAAGUCGAAGGGAUGAUCUUGAGUCGUUAGCUUACACGUUGAUAUUUCUCAUAAAGGGAAGGUUACCUUGGCAGGGAUACCAGGGAGAUAACAAGAGUUUUCUUGUUUGUAAGAAAAAGAUGUCGACUUCUCCAGAGUUAAUGUGUUGCUUUUGUCCAGCCCCUUUCAAGCAGUUCCUUGAAGCUGUUACUGAAAUGAAAUUUGAUGAGGAGCCAAAUUAUAUGAAGCUGAUAUCUUUUUUUGAAAGCCUGAUUGAACCCUGCACACAAUUAAGACCAAUUAGAAUUGAUGGAGCUCUUAAGGUUGGGCAAAAGCGGGGGAGAUUGCUUAUAAAUUUGGAAGAAGAUGAGCAACCAAAGAAAAAAUUGCGAUUAGGUAGUCCUGCUACCCAAUGGAUUUCAGUGUAUAAUGCACGUCGUCCCAUGAAGCAAAGAUAUCACUACAAUGUAGCAGAUUCCAGGCUGCGUCAGCAUAUAGACAAGGGUAAUGAAGAUGGAUUGCAUAUCAGCUGUGUGGCUUCCGCAGCAAAUCUCUGGGCCCUAAUAAUGGAUGCUGGAACGGGUUUCACUGCCCAGGUUUAUGAAUUGUCAGCAGUAUUCCUGCAUAAGGACUGGAUUAUGGAACAAUGGGAAAAGAAUUUCUAUAUCAGCUCAAUUGCUGGUGCAGCUAAUGGGAGUUCCUUGGUUGUUAUGUCCAAAGGAACUCCUUACACUCAGCAAUCUUACAAAGUGAGUGAAUCUUUUCCGUUCAAGUGGAUAAAUAAGAAGUGGAAAGAAGGUUUCCAUGUUACAUCCAUGACGACUGCUGGCUGCCGUUGGGGUGUUGUAAUGUCCCGGAAUGCUGGAUUCUCAGAUCAAGUUGUGGAGCUUGAUUUUUUGUAUCCAAGUGAAGGAAUUCAUCGGCGAUGGGAAAGUGGUUACAGGAUAACGUCUAUGGCUGCGACUGCUGAUCAAGCAGCCUUUAUCCUGAGCAUACCAAAACGUAAAUUGAUAGAUGAAACUCAAGAAACUCUGCGUACCUCUGCCUUCCCAAGUGCCCAUGUAAAGGAAAAGUGGUCGAAAAAUCUAUACAUUGCUUCGAUAUGUUAUGGAAGGACUGUUUGCUGAUCCGUGGAGUGUAUAUUGUGGGGAAAUCACCCCACCCUCCCAAGCAGAUGUGAGUCAAAGCUUUGCAGGCUUGAUUUUGGGAUUGGGUGGGGUUACAGGUUACAUAAAAUCGAGGCUUCUCAGCGAUGAAUGUGAAA